CUAGAUUGAAACCAUGGAAGACCUUUAUGUGGCAAAUGCAAUCUUUGCCCUGAAUUUCUUCAAGCAGCUGGCCAGAGUGAAUCCCACCCAGAACCUCUUCUUCUCUCCUUGGAGCAUUUCGUCCACCAUGGCCAUGGUCUACAUGGGCGCCAGGGGCAACACUGAAGACCAGAUGGCCAAGGUGUUUCAGUUUGACAAAGUUGGAGUCCAGGAAGUGGCCCCGGUGACCCCAGAGAACUUCACUGGUUGUGAAUUCACGCAGCAAAUUCAGAAGGGCACGUAUCCUGAUGCUAUUUUACAGGCACAAGCUAGAGAUAAAGUCCAUUCAUCCUUCCGCUCUCUCAGCUCUUCAAUCAAUGCGUCCACAGGGGAUUAUUUAUUGGAAAGUGCCAAUAUGCUCUUUGGAGAGAAGUCGGCAAGAUUCAAGGAAGAAUUCAUGCAACUCUGUAAGAAAUACUACUCUACAGAACCCCAGGCCGUUGACUUCCUAGAAUGUGCAGAAGAAGCUAGAAAAAAGAUUAAUUCCUGGGUCAAGACUCAAACCAAAGGCAAAAUCGAAAACCUGUUACCUGAGGGUUCUGUGGAUGCAGAGACGAAGAUGGUCCUGGUGAAUACUGUCUACUUCAAAGGAAAGUGGAAAACCCCAUUCGAGAAGAAACUAGAAGGGCUUUAUCCCUUCCGUGUGAACUCGAUUCAGCGCAUCCCUGUACAGAUGAUGCUUUUGCAUGAAAAGCUGAACAUUGGCUACAUACAAGAGCUGAAGGCACAGAUUCUAGAAAUGCCGUAUGCUGGAGAUGUGAGCAUGUUCAUCUUGCUUCCAGAUGAAAUUGCCAAUGUGUCCACAGGCUUGGAGAUGCUGGAAAAUGAAAUAACCUAUGAGAAACUCAACAAGUGGACCAGCAAGGACACGAUGGUGGAAGAUGAUGUGGAGGUGUAUAUCCCCACGUUCAAACUGGCAGAGCGUUAUGAACUCAAACCCAUCCUGAGGAGCAUGGGCAUGGAUGACGCCUUCAACGAGGGCCGGGCCAAUUUCUUAGGCAUGUCGGAGAAAAAUGACCUGUUUCUUUCUGAAGUGUUCCACCAGGCCACGGUGGACGUUAACGAAGAGGGCACAGAGGCAGCUGCCGGCACUGGAGCCGUGAUGACAGGGAGAACUGGUCACGGAGGCCCGCAGUUUGUGGCUGAUCACCCUUUCCUUUUCUUUAUCAUGCACAAAAUGACCAAAAGCAUUUUGUUUUUUGGCAGAUUUUGCUUACCCCCAAACUGA